UACUUAUCAACCUGGCUUCACUGUUGCUUCUCACAAAACAACUACUUUCCUUGGCACUAAUAAUUUAGACGAAGGCUGACUGAUUUGGCAAUAUAUAUAUAGGCUAUAUAUAUAUAUAUAUAUAUAUAUUUACAGCAACCAAUCCUUGGGACUGACUGAAUUACUGUACAGAAGGUGAAAAUGAAUCUAAAUUUCACGUCUCCGGCCCAUCCAAUGCCCGCUCAGAGACCAACAUCAUUCUUUAUUGAAGAUAUUUUGCUACAUAAGCCUAAGCCUUUACGAGAAGUAUUUCCAUCGCCCUUCCACUCGUUGGCAUCGAGGGUACCCCUUCUGGAGUAUGGGUACCCCCUCAUGCCAACGCCAAUACUGGCACCACAUCCGCAUCACCAUCUUCACAAGCCGGACCAUCACCCUUACUUCUUAACAUCCCCUGGUAUGCAUGUCCCGGCCUUAUUUCAGCACCACCCCGAGUUACCCGGAAAGCACUGCAGACGGCGUAAAGCCAGGACGGUCUUUUCAGACUCUCAGCUUUCGGGUCUGGAGAAGAGAUUUGAGGUCCAGCGGUAUCUCUCUACCCCCGAACGCGUCGAGCUGGCAUCCACCCUCAGCCUCUCAGAAACACAGGUAAAAACGUGGUUUCAGAACAGAAGGAUGAAGCACAAAAAACAGCUGAGAAAAACACAUGAGGAACAGAAAAGCCCAAACGAUCUGGACGCGAGCCAGGACCGCAACUCCGGCGAAACACAAAGCAGCGAGAAAUUCUCUUCUGAAGUAAAGACGGCCUGCAACCAAGACUCUUACGUACUGGAGGAGAACGAAGACGAUGUUGAUAUCGAAGAUGAUGAUAUUUGCUCCCCAGAGCAUUUGUUAUAAUCGAGACUUACUGUUUGCAAUUGACACUGAACAUAUAAAAACAAAACUCUCAAUGUGUUUUUGGGUUCUAGCAUUUGGGAUCAUCUACCACCGUCCAAAAAAAGAGAGACAAUCGAGUUUUACUUAAAUAUUUAAGAUGCGUCCUCACGAGCAGAAUACUUUUAUAAAAUAUUAUUAUUUAUUGUAGUUAUUCUCACAUUAUCAAUUUAUUGUUGAGCGUUACAAACAAAAUACAAUCUAUAUCGUAUAAUCAAAUCAGUGAAGAGACCGGAAAUGAAUUCCUAUUCCAACGUUACAUUGAGAAACAAGCAGAAAGUGUCUACAGUCUAAAACCAAUACCAAAAAACAAAAACAAAACAAAACAGAAAAACAGUUAAGUGUUCAGGACCAAAGACUUUAAAUUAUAAAAACAGAUAGCAGAAAAAGCAGAUUGUGUUUCUAUUUCCAAAAUACAUAGGCACUUUGAGAAGAAAAAAAAAUACAGCGUAUUGGUUCGAAUUGUGAUGGCUGUGAGUUAUCGGCUGUUUUUUUUUGCAAACACUUUUAGAAUUAUUAUUAAUGUUAUUGGUAUUAUUCGUUUAAAAGAUUAAGAAGAAGUAUAUGACACGAUGCGAGUGUUAUUUAAAAUCCCUGCAUCGGCUAUUCUUCGGCUCCUGAGAAGUAAAGCGAAACGUACUGUCAAUUCUCAAUUGUAAAAGCAACUUGUACAUAACGUUUUCUAUCCUGUAUAUACAAUGACAUGUUUUAACAAUGACUCUUAUAUUUAAUUGUAGAGACGUUAGAUUUGAUUUUAUGCUACCCUUUCCUAGCACUUGCAUUUUAUUGUUAAAUAGCGCUUUAAUUGUGGUGUUGUUCAAGUUACUAUACCUAAGCAUGGUCCAUUAUUUAAUAAAUUCAUCUAUUAAAUGUUCU